GCGAUGGGGGGCGGCGGCGGCCGGCGAUGAGCGGCGGGCGCGCGUGAGGAGCCGGCGGGCGAGGCUGGGGGGCCCCGGAGCGCGAGCCGCAGGGCGGAGGGCGGGGGCGCGAGCGCAGCGGGCGGCGGCGAGGCGGCGGCCGAGAAGAUGGCGGACGGCGACAGCGGCAGCGAGCGCGGCGGCGGCGGUGGCGGCGGCGGGCCCGGCGGCUUCCAGCCCGCGCCCCGUGGCGGCGGCGGGCCCGGCGGCGAGCAGGAGACGCAGGAGCUGGCCUCGAAGCGGCUGGACAUCCAGAACAAGCGCUUCUACCUGGACGUGAAGCAGAACGCCAAGGGCCGCUUCCUCAAGAUCGCCGAGGUGGGCGCGGGCGGCUCCAAGAGCCGCCUCACGCUUUCGAUGGCGGUGGCUGCCGAGUUCCGCGACUCGCUGGGCGACUUCAUCGAGCACUACGCGCAGCUGGGUCCCAGCAGCCCGGAGCAGCUGGCGGCGGGCGCCGAGGAGGGCGGCGGGCCGCGCCGCGCGCUCAAGAGCGAGUUCCUGGUGCGCGAGAACCGCAAGUACUACCUGGACCUCAAGGAGAACCAGCGCGGCCGCUUCCUGCGCAUCCGUCAGACGGUGAACCGCGGCGGUGGCGGCUUCGGCGGGGGGCCCGGGCCCGGCGGCCUGCAGAGCGGCCAGACCAUCGCGCUGCCCGCGCAGGGCCUCAUCGAGUUCCGCGACGCGCUCGCCAAGCUCAUCGACGACUACGGGGGCGAGGAUGACGAGCUGGCCGGCGGCCCGGGAGGCGGCGCUGGCGGCCCUGGGGGCGGCCUGUACGGAGAGCUCCCGGAGGGCACCUCUAUCACGGUGGACUCCAAGCGCUUCUUCUUCGACGUCGGCUGCAACAAGUACGGGGUGUUCCUGCGAGUGAGCGAGGUGAAGCCAUCCUACCGCAAUGCCAUCACCGUUCCCUUCAAGGCCUGGGGCAAGUUUGGAGGCGCCUUCUGUCGGUAUGCAGAUGAAAUGAAAGAAAUCCAGGAGCGACAGAGGGAUAAGCUUUACGAGCGACGCGGUGGGGGCAGCGGAGGCGGCGACGAGUCCGAGGGUGAGGAAGUGGAUGAGGAUUGAAGCGGGCAGCUUCCCGUACUGGCCUCCCCCACCCCACCACCGUCCCCUUGGCUAGAGAGUUCCCUUUCCUACUCGUCCCCAGUGAGCUAGUGGAGAGGGAUCAGGGGAGGCCACAGACGAAGAAAACAAAAAAUAAAAAAUAAUAUAGUUAAGAGAAAUAACCAUAAGAAAACAGUCACAGACAAUUAGAGAAAAGCAGUUAAGUUCCAAGGAACUGCCAGCAACCUGCAAAGAGGACAGCAGCAUCUCCUCACCUGCGCAAGAGUCUCAGCUUCUGUUGUUUAAAACCGAGGGUUGUAAAUUCAUCAGGAAUACAUUGGAGGGGAUAGAUAGAUCUUCGAACGUCUGGGACCAAAAACACAUCUGGGUUACCCAGACUCAUCCAUUGGUGAUAGUUGAAUUUGUGUUGUACCUGGGUAAUCUGGUCCUAGGAUCCGUCCAGGCCUCACUACUGCAGCAUCUAUCCCUUCACCUCCAUCGAAAUCAGCGUUUUGGAUCUAGGCUUGAUGGAAUCUUUGAGAAGAGAGAGGCCUUUGCAGUUACCCAGUUCUGAGGGUACAGGCUUAAUGAAAAGGAAUGCAACUUUACACAAUCAUGGACAGGGCAAGAGAAGAAUUCAAGAAGCCAUUGGAGAAUUCAAAAAUUGGAUCCAUUUUAAAAAAUGGUUUUGCAUGGAACCUGGACCAAGGCCCCUGUCUUUUCUUUGCAGAAUUGUUUUCCGGGAUGCAAAUGAAUUCAGAAUAUCAAAGCUUGAACUAGAAUCCAUUACUAAAAUAGUUUAAAAGUUGGCAAAAAUUACUCUCAAAUACAAAAGCAGUUGUACAGUGGGGAUUGCUGAGGCAGGCACAAGAAGCCAGGCAUGAAGCACAAGGCGGACUGUUUGAGUGGAUUAGUUGCUGCUCACUAAAGUUCUUCCCUUGAUCUCUUAAAUAUGGAGGUCAUUCCCAAGAAAUGGCUUAGCAGGAGUGAGAGCUGAAUCCCAACGGCUCCACCGUAUGAGCUCGUGAAUUAUGGCUAAUUCGGCUGUUACAGCCACUGGCUGGCUGCAUCUUAAACCUUAAAACUUGACUAUCUGCAAAAAAGGAACAGUGUGGCUACAAGCCUGAGCUUUAAUGAAAUAUACAUCCUCACAGAGAAGUUGGAAAUAACCAGAACUGAAGUCUUAAUUAACCUUCAGUUUCAUCUGUGGAUUUAUUGAAAUACUGACGAUCCUCAGGUCCAGAAUUCCAGCAUCAUUUAUUCUUUUUAAAUAAAUUUUUAAGAACUUGAUCCAUCGUAUUCAGUACCUCACAAUCAACGUUGGCAAAUGAUGGAUGAAUGAUUCAAGCAUUGCACCCGGUGGAAGCUGACUCCAUCUGUGAAUGGAACUGAAGUGAACACGAAUGCUGACUCUAUCCUGGAAGCAUUUUUAUACCAUCUUGAAAUUUCAACAAGCUGGCAUUUGCCGGUUUAUCCAGCUGUCUUUCAAGAAUAAAAGUUGGGGUUUUCAAGGAUCGCCUCUUCUAUAUUUUAAAUGGAUUUUCAGUAUAAAUGAUUUUUCUAAUCAAGUUAAUCCCACCCCAUCAAAAGGUAUUCCUAGAAAUGUCAUAGACCUAGGCAACUUUGAAUUGAAUGGGAGCUAAUGUUCUUUCCAAAGUUUUUCAGGUAUUUGUGUGACACCUUCUCAAGAACCAGGAGGCAAGUAACCCCACCUCCACAAUCUUAGUUUUUUGUUUUUUUUUUGUUUUUUUUUUUUUUUACUGCAUGCCUGCCCUUUAUUUGAGCUGCCUUUUUAAUUUAUUGCAUAUCCUUUUUAUUAUCUUAUUUUGGUAUUAUUCAAUCUAUACAAUCUUUUUGUAUUUAUUGGGAAAUAAGUAAUAUACAAAAAGGUCAUUUUUGUGUCUGUGGCUGAGAGGGAGGGAAAUACUUGUGUAUAUAAAAUUAGGCUUUGAAAAAAAAUAGACUGAUUCACAAUAUUGCUGAUCUUAGACUUAAAAAUGGAAGAGCCACAAACAUUGGUGCCCUUACAGACUAUUUCUCUACUCUCAUCAUCCACAGUAGAAUUUUUAAACAGAUUUUUUUAAAGCUUUUCUUUAAAUUUUUCUCCGUUGCAAAGAAUGUUUCCUAAAUUGUAUGGGAGCAAUAGUAUUUUUGAUGUUCUAAUGACAUCCGUAUACUUGUACUGUAUUUUGUACUACAAGGCAGCUGUUUUCAAUAAUGUCCUGCUGUAUUUACCUAUGUGUUUUGAGUGUUUGUUUCUUUGCUGCGGAGAACAAAUUCCUACUUUUAGUAAAGGAGCUGAGAAGCUAGCAUUAGGUUUGCAGAAACUUUAUAGUUUCAAACUCUGAGGCAGCAAUGAAAAUUAAGGUUGCAGCUAUUUGUUGAUUGCUGUAACGUUUUCAUUUUGAAAUCAUGUACUAUUCCUGUAUAGACCAACUUGUUUUCUUGCUUCAGUGGUGGUUCUGUUGCUCAGCUGCAGUGAGCCAGUUCAAUUUUGCAAAGGUGCAGUACCUCUCCUUUUCAAGGGGUUGGUUUUUGUUUUUUGUUUUUUCUUUUUAUUUGGCUGAAUUGCAGUAACUAGCCUUGCCUUUCUAUUCUGUAGAAAUGACAGGGUCUUCACAAUCCUUCACCAGUGGCUACUAAGCUAUAAUUAGCUGAAUAGAAAGAAUGUGGAAGUGGUCUGAGGCAUAUAGAGUAUAUGCCAAGAACACUACCAUAUAUGGCAUCAGCUUUGGUUACCAGAGAAAUUUUCGUAGUCAUUAGACCAUAUAACAGUAAUAUAUCAUAUGUAAAUCUUUAGAUUUCAAUUUGAGAAUCCUCCAAAAAAAGGAGCAAAGAAUGCAUAAGCUAUGUGUUGGCAAAAGUAAUUUAUAUUAAAAUUUUGACCUGCCUUUGUAAGAUUAAGUGGUAAAUGUCAUAGUGGUGGGUUUUUACGUCUUAACCGAUCUCUGAGGUUUAUUUCUCCUGCAGGGGAUGUUUCAUGGCCUCUCUUCCCACUGUAGGAAGGAAGCUGAAGGAUGGGGAUUGAUUGUAGCAUUUCACUGAUCCUCAUCCCUGGGACUAGGGACAAUAGAAAUCUGCAAACAUGUUGAGUCGGUCAUAAAUAAUAGCUUUUUGAAGGCAUUGGUCUUUGUUGAUUUCUGUCAGAAAAUGGCAUUGUACAAAUUAUGGGAAGCAACCAACUUUUCUGUACUGUUUUUGAAGUGCUACUAUGAACGAUUCAGAGUUGUAUUUUUUUUUUCUUUUAAAUUUGGCAGAUAUCCCAGCUAAUGAAAAUAGUCACAUUCCUGAGAAGUUGGAGCUAAAACUCCAAUUUAAAUUAUUGUUGAAAUGUUUCUCAGGCAACUAUAUGUACAAAUGUGUUUUUAAGAAAAUCAAAGAGAGGGAAAAAAAUAUAUGCAGAGGCCCUACUAUUUUGUGGUUUCUAUUGUCCCUACAUAUCAUUUCAGCAAGUCUAUAAUGGCAGUUCUUGUCAGCAAGUCCUUCCGUGCAUAUGCUGCACAAAACAAGACAUAAAUCUGCAUGGCACCAAAAACCAAACAAAAGCAAACCAAAAACCCAGACCCCUAUGUACGUGUUGGAGGCAUGUGGGUGGUACAGGUGACUAGCCAUGAGCACACAUGGCUGCUUGUCACGUCACUUUCCAUAAUUAUUUACUGCAAAAUGAUUGAGAGGCUUUUGGUGCAGGCAGCCAUUAGCCUCCUGCUUCCUUUGUUACCUCUGGAUCACUUUGCAGUAAAUUGCAGGUCUUUUAAAAGAUUCAAGCUUCGGUUUUCUCAAAACAAAACAAUUAUCCUGUCUUACCUGAAAAUGCAGGGUUGUGGGCAAAAGAGGCUGGUUAUAAUAAUGCCCUCAUAUUGAGUGGUCUGUAAAUGGCUGCACACUUCAGGCACUAGAGUUGCUGAAGAUGCUUUGUUAAUGUGACCUUGACUGGCUUUACAGGGGUGUAGAACAGUCUACACGGCGACUAUUUGCAUCCAUCUUGCUCUUAAAGGUGGGUGGAAAUAAGAAAAGGCUGGAGUGUGUAAGUCAUGCACAUAAGUAUUCUUCACUGUAAAUUUUAUUUCAUUUUUAACCCAAUUAUGGUACUUUGUCCAAUGCACAACUGAUCUCUCAGUAGAUAUUCAUUUGAAAAUAGUGUGGCCUUGACCAGUGAGAAGGGGAAGAAGUGACUUACGCUCGUGUUAAGAUGACCUGUUUGCUGAGAGUGGUCUUUCUGCAGCACUCUUAAUGUCAUGUUUUGAUUAGGGAGAGUUAAUGUUUUUGACCCUGAAUUGAGGUUUCUUCUAUUUUUAGGAAGUAUCAGAAUUGCUCUGAUGAGUAACAAAGUUAACUGCUUUGAUGUCCAAUCUCAGGUUUUAAAAUAGAGUGGUAUAAAAUCCCACUGUUACUAAUUCUUAAGACAAUUUUGAUUUAGUAUACCUAAAAGUCACAUGAAUAAUAAGGCCUGUUCAAAGAGCAGAGCCUCCAUCUUUUUGCUCCUUUUCCAUGUUGUACUUCACUUGAAAAGGUGUCAAGUGACUUUGCAUUGUAUAUUUCCAUUUUAACCCUGACAUAGUUCUCAAAGAUAAAGCACUUUUUGAACAUGAAAUACAUGGCUAAUGUGUGAUGUGGAUCAUGGUUUCUCAGGCCCCUAGAUAAUCCACUUGUGAGUUUUGUUCUAUGUAAGGAGAAUAGAGAUCUUUGCUAAGGUUAGAAAGUGUGUGUUCUGAUUAGAAUGCACUUGCUAGUUUCCAAUGGACGGGAGAGUAAACAAUGCUGCAUUCACAACUGAACCAGUUGCUUUCCCGUGAGCCUUAAGGUGACUUUCCUUUUCUGUCAACAACAGCACUGAAGUUAGAGUAAGUGAAUGAGAUUAUCUGUUUUCAGGGUUGGUUUUAGAGUACUGUAAAUUAAUUAGCUGUCUUCCUAAAGAGUCAUUAACUUCUUCAAUAGACUGAAUGGUGGGUGUGGGGAGGGUGGCUAGGGAGGGGGAGGGAGAUAGUUUGUAGAAAAGAAAAAAGAAAAAAAGAGCUACAUUUACCUUAAAAUAUAGAGAAAAAAGGAAAAAAAAAAUGCCCUGUCCUGUUGGAAAUUUCAGACAUAAGGUGGAAGUAUUUCAUUUCCCCUGCUUUUAAUUUAGAAAACCUAAGUUGUUUUAAAAUAUUAGCAUCCCCCCACCAAAUUGUUAGCUAGAGUCAUAAAUGAAUUUUAUAGAUAUCUCUUACUUUGCCAUUUAAAGUUACCUUUUUCAGUCCUAAAUUUUUUGAACCUAGUUUCAUUACUGAAGAUUUAAUAAACUUAUGUGUGAACAAAUGGAAUCUAGUCAUCGAUUUUGAAAAUUAAAUUUGGAAACUGGAAAAACAAAAUUGCACCAUAAAGAUUUAUUACCCUAGUGAUUCCCGUUUUCUGUGUGUACUCAUGACCCAAAUUAAGGCCUUUAUGAAUGUAUUUUAUAUUUCCUAAUGAAAUAGGAAAUAGCCACCAAUGUAACCACUUUUUCAUUUGAAAAGCAAAUGCCUCUUAAAUUAGACAUUCCAAUUGGAAUAGGUAGAGCCAUUUUAAAACAAUAGUAAAUGCCAUACUUGUAGUUUCAGUAGGACUUCUAAUAAAGAGAAUAAAUCUUUGUUAGAAGUUAAAACCUUUUUGUGAUUUUAACACUUUGGAGGAGGAUUUUAACUAUGAACAUAGGUUCUGUGAUCAGAUUUAUGUCCACUCCAUUACUAUCCACGGGCAUGGAUAAGAGGGGGUCAUUUUUGUCCUCUGGUCUUGAGUUCUAGAGAGAAAGCAGCAGUAGGUCUGCUCAGUGUCCACCAUGAAGUGCAGAAGGCACAGGUGUGACCUUUCCCCACCUCCAGGAACUCUUCACUGGCUAACGUUUUCAACACAAUUUUUGUUUCCUUUUUUUUUUUUUUUUGGUUUUUCGAGACUGGGUUUCUCUGUGUAGCCCUGGCUGUCCUGGAACUCACUCUGUAGACCAGGCUGGCCUCGAACUCAGAAAUCCUCCUGCCUCUGCCUCCCAAGUGCUAGGAUUAAAGGCGUGCGCCACCGCCGCCGCCAUCACCACCACUCAGCACAAUUUUUAUUUCUUAAAAGCAAAAUAGUUUGUGUCCAGUGUUACAAGAUAAUGAUGGUUAGUAAAAUCUUAGUGUUUGGAAGUAGAAUAAGAAGAAGUUUGUUUCUUCCCUUUUAAAAUGUCUGUCUCAGAGAAAUAAAAGUCCAGGAAAGUCUAAGAAAAUGAGCAGGCGUAUACUCUGAGCACAGCGUGUGGAGGAAUAUGGAGGUCUUAUAGAACCCCUUUCCUCCAAGCCUAUAUCACUAUUCAUUGAACCAAAGUCCUCAGGAGUCUGGAGAGGCAGGAGGUUGGGCAAAAAGUCUAGAAACUUGGCUGUAGGUCAGCAUGAAAUACUUUUUUACAAAGAGUUUGUGGUUUUGCAUAUUUUGGUGGCAGGCAAGUAUAAUUUAAUUAUUUUUCCAUGACCUUGAUAUUUGAAAUUAAGCUUGUUAGUGUAUUUUGACUUUUUUUUUCUGAAGUUAGAACAGUUGUAUUAGGCAUUUACUCUUGUGAAUCUUUAUGCAGAUGUCUUACCAGUCUUGUGAAUAAAGUGCAGACGACAUACUUUGUAUUGUAGGAAUCUCACUGCCCAUCCUGUCUGCUGGUGGCUCUUUUAGGCUAGGUUCUUCACUCCAAAGCUGGGACUUAACGUCCUUCUAGUUGGGAAUCUACAGAAGUAAUCUGAAUGAGUUAAAACCAAAUCUUGAUAGCAGGAGACAGCUUCCUGGUCUCAGUGUACAAUUCUCUUAGGUUGGAAUGAAGAGGGUUUGGUGAUGUCUUUAGUCUCUGUAAAUCCCAACAUGCUUGUUAUGCCCCGUAAACCAGUGUGGAUGCCUGUGUGUGGAUUUGUAGAGCUGGUUUCUGCUUCAAGUGAAGCUGCACCUUUGAUUUUAUAAGGUCCCCUCCACCCUGAACCCUAUAAACGUUUGUAAAUAGAACACUAAAAUUUGUAGUGAUAGGAUCAAUUUGGGAAAUAUCUGCUGAGAGACCAAAAAGUUCAUUUUUUUAAGUACCUUGGUUAAAGAGUAAAGAUUAUUCCUCUUAUUUUUUAAAAGAAGUAUGCACUUUAACAAACAUAACUGCAUGGGCAAUUCAAACAAAUCCAUGAAGUGCAGUACCCAUCCAGAAACCACACUUCCUGAAAACCGUUCGAAGCAGAGUCCAGACGGGCUGGUGAUCUCACUGCCUGUAGGUUGAAGCUCAGAUUCUGAUGAACUAUGAGACAAGCAGGGCUGCUUCAAUGAGCAAUGCGAAUACAGCCAGAAGCUUCAGACAGGUCUGUAAAAUGGCGGGUCCCGUAUUUACCACUAACUAGCAAAACUGACAGAAAAACUCAUAGAAAUAAAAAGUUUAAGAAUCCUUCCUGCUGGUGUGCACUCCUUCCAAUAGCAGACUUUUGCAAAUGGAGUUUUACAGUCUAUAUUUAAAAAAUUGUAUGUUUGUAACAAAUAAAGUAUGCGGAAAAGUGAAUGACA